AUGGUAAAGGCAGGGACGGCUCUCCAAGUUUUCUAUUCUAAAAUGCUACACGUGACGUGUGCAGCCCAUGGUUUGCACAGAGUAGCAGAACAGGUUAGAUCUCAUUUCAGUACAGUGGAUAAGUUAAUAGCAAGUGUGGAACAAGUAUUCAAAAAAGCUCCGAGUCGGUUACAAUUAUUUAAAAAUGAACUUCCUAGAGUAAACUUGCCGCCAGAACCAGUUAUUACACGUUGGGGAACCUGGAUUAAUGCAGCUACCUAUGAUUGCGAGAAUAUACAAGCUGUUCGUCAUAUUAUUGGAUUAAUCGACCAAGAAGAUGCGAUUAGUAUUCAAAAAGCAAAAAAAUGUUUAGGCAACCUUAAUCUUGAAAAUAACUUGGCAUACAUUAAAUCAAAUUUUUCUAUUUUAUCUGUAGCCAUUGAUAAAUUGCAAACAAAAAAUCUGUCUUUAGCCACAUCAUUAAAUAUUAUUGAAAAUAUCGAAGAAACACUGAAAAUACUAAAUGGUAAACAUGGUAAACCUAUAUAUCUCAAAUUAAAAAACGUUUUAGAAAAAAAUAGUAGUUUGUCUAAAUUAAAACAUAUUUCAAAUAUCUUGGAUGGUGAAGAACAUACAAAUAUUGCCUUUCAGGAUUCUGAUCAGAGUGACUAA